AUUCCCCACCCUUCAUCACCAUUACUACCCAUUUCCAUUGUUGUUGUUGUAAGAGAUUCAAUAGAGAUGGAAAAUUACCGUAGCAGCAGCAGCUCAUAUGCUCCUUAUACUCUUAUUGCAGCUAUGCUCUCGCUACUCGUCUGCUCAGCCGCACAAACCAUUGAUGGACAAACCAACGCUGAGUUCAUCAAUUCAGAUGGACAAACCAACGCCGACUUCAUCAAAUCAUCUUGCAAAGUAACAAGGUAUCCUCGUGUCUGCUUCGACUCUUUAUCCGUCUACGCAAACACCAUCCAAACAAGCCCACAGCGAUUAGCUCAAGCCGCGUUGUCUGUGAGCCUAGCUAGCGCCCAAUCGACUAAGACCAUGAUGUCCCGUUUGUUGAAAGGGCGUGGCAUGAAUCCCAGAGAGAUGGGCGCCCUUCGGGACUGCAUCGAGAACAUCGGCGAUUCGAUCGAUGAGGUGAAGAAGUCGAUUGAGGAGAUGAGCCACCUUAGCGAUCCCGAUUUCGAAUUCCAUAAGGAGAAUAUCCAAACGUGGGUGAGCGCGGCAUUGACAGAUGAGGACACAUGUACGGAUGGCUUUGCGGGAAAUGGCAUGAAUGGGAAUGUGAAGAGCGCAAUCACAAGCCGUGUUGUGAAUCUGUCUCAUCUAACAAGCAAUGCUUUGGCGCUUAUCAAUAGCCUUACUUCCACUCAACCUACUUCUCGUUAAUUUUCUUCUAGUUUCUAUAUUUUUAUUAUGAAAAUAUUGUAUUGAUAUGGUUGUUAUCUCCA